AUGUCCCGGUACGAUUUCGUGCCGAACCCGGCAGGGCCUCUGGGUUACGACUCGUCAAUGUACGAAUAUGACAACCAGAAGUCGGAAACGAAAACAAACUUCAAGACGCCUGCGACAGAGCUCGAGGAUGAUCUGCCUUUCGGGAAAGCAGUUAAAAAGCACCCCAAGAUCGUCGGCUACUUUGUCGGCAUCAUCUUCAUAAUUGCCGGUAUGGGCUUAACAAUUAUUAUUGCUGGAGCCAUCACUGGCUGUGUCUCGUUCAUGAUGGCUUAUGGCGAAAUUUUAAACGACGAAUACUACAUACCCAAGGAUUGGCUCACCAUCUGGCAGUCUGUGAACCCAAUUGGACAAUGUAUCGGGUUCCUAGUAGGGGGCUGGAUUCAGGAGAAAAUCGGCCGCAAGUUCACCAUCAUGGCUGGCAGUGUGAUCUCAGGGAUUGGGGUUGGAUUUCUCUUCUUCUCCUCUCUACUAGAUGCCAAAAGUACGAUGCGCAUCUUAUAUGCUUGCGGCAUCAUCAUUACGGGUAUCAGCAACGGUGCAAUCAUGACAGCAUGCCAAGCGUAUGUGUCUGAGGUCGCACCUCGGUCUCUUCAGGGCCCAGCCAUGGCCAUGUUUCCUGCCUUCACCCUCUUUGGCCAGCUUGCCGGCUCCGGGCUCAUCGGCGCGACGCAGGACAUGACGGAGAAGAUGGCCCACCAAAUGGCGUUCGCAGUGCAGUGGAUCGUGGCCGUCGCAGGGCUCAUCACUUCGAUCAUCAUGCCCGAAAGCCCAGGUUUUCUAAUCCGUCGAGGCUUGGAGGCCAGAGCGGUCAAGGCCACCAGACGGCUGUUCGCCCCGAAGACCAACCCAACUGUCGCUCUCGAGAAAAUCCGCGCCGUGGUGCUCGAAGACAUGGCUCUCACUGCUCACGCCACAUACAUCUCCUGCUUCAGGGGGGCUGACCUACGUCGAACCGGUCUCAGUAUUCUAGCCGCCAUCAUGCCGCCUCUGUUCGGCCUGGACAUGCUGGCCAACUGCAUGCCCUUCCUGACAGAUCUCGGCAUGAAGGACCCUUCCACGGCCCUCAUCGGCGGCCUGGCAGCAGGAAUGAUAGCAAACGGUCUUGGAGCCUGGCUGAUGGGCCGCGUGGGCAUGCGUAAGAUGAGCUUGAUCACGCUCUCUUUGGUCACAAUCUGCUGGACAGCAAUGGGAAUCUCCGGCUUCUGGCGUGGAGAAAUCCCCCAGUGGGUCGCCGCGGGCUCCAUCAUUGGAGUUCUCGUCUUUGCCGGCUUGGGUGUCUGGCCGGCCAGCUAUGCCUGGUUGGGAGCCCUCAGUUCGCUCCAGCUUCGCGCUCUGACACAGGGAAUCGGAGGUGUGGCGAACCAGGCGUUAUCAGCCGUUUUGUCAGGUGUCAUGUCCCAGAUCUACGCCCGGGACGGCUUGGGCUUGGGCGCCAAGUACGGGUUCGUGUACGUGGUUUUCUGCCUCAUCGCCCUAGCGUUGGUCUUCUUCCUGAUGCCGGAGCUCAACGAUCGGUCGGUAAUGGAGAUUGAUCACCUGUUUACCAAGAGGCUGCCGGCGAGGAAAUUCAAGGCGUACAAGUUCGCUGAAGGUGGAUCGAUUGGGGAGGAGACUAUGCCCUUGGCCAGGCAUUGA